AUGGCCAGCAACAUUCUGUUCCUCCCGUUCCGACGGUCACACUCCGUAAACCUCACCGACGCGAUCAAGCAGUACAUCUCCUCCAAAUAUGACCAACACCCCGACAUGUUCACCAAAGAUCUCGAGACGAUUGAGAAGCUACGCUCCGUCGCCACACACGCCCAGGAACCGCACCCGAGCAACAUUCCAAAGCUACAACAAUACGCGGCGCAGCUGAUAUGGCUGAGUGGAAAGUUCCCCAUUGACAUUGGCGUAGAGUUCCCAUGGUAUCCUGCGCUGGGAUACAACACGAGCCGGCCGACAUCGCGCAACAACCUCCGCUUUGAACUCGCAAAUAUCAUGUUCAACCUCGCGGCCAUGUACUCGCAGCUAGCCAUGUCGUCGAACCGAAGCACGCCCGACGGGCUGAAGAUGGCAGCCAACAACUUCUGCCUCGCCGCUGGGGUCCUGUCGCACCUGAGGAACACUAUUCUGCCCGAAAUUCGGACAGAGCCGCCAGAAGACAUGGAUCUCAUGACACUGGAGUGCUUGGAAAAACUGAUGUUGGCACAAGGGCAGGAGUGCUUUUGGCAGAAGGCUGUCAAAGAUGGGAUGAAAGAUGCGACCAUCGCCAAACUAGCCGCCCGCGUAUCCGAUCUAUACAACGAGGCGGGAGACGCAGGUAUACAAUCGGACGCCAUCAGCAGCGAGUGGAUACACCACAUGACUGCAAAGCACCAUCACUUUGCUGCUGCUGCUCAGUACCGUGCAGCCUGUGACUCUCUCGAAAAGCGAAAAUACGGCGAGGAGGUUGCACGACUACGCGAUAGUCUUACUUGUGUAAAUGAGGCUCUCAAGGAGCAGCGCUACAUCAACAAGGUCGUACUCGCAGACUUGACCGGCUUGAAAAAUCGCAUCACGGAAGAUCUGAAGCGGGCCGAGAAGGACAACGACAUGAUUUACCUGCUACCUGUACCACCAAAGGCAGAGCUCAAAAUCCUCGAUCGAGCCAAUAUGGUAGUAUCAAGAGUUCCCAAGGAGAUCGCCGAGUCCAAUUCAAUGCUGGGAGAGCGUGGUGAGCUUGGUCCGGCACUCUUCUCCAAGCUGGUGCCAUACUCUGUACAUCUAGCAGCUAGCAUUUACGUGGACCGCCGUGAUCGAUUGGUCAAUGGUACCAUCGUUGAAGAGCUAGAAGCAUUGACCAACAAGAUUCACGAGGUUCUCCGCAGCUUGAACUUACCCGGCUCACUGCAAGCCCUCGAGAAGCCGCUUGGACUACCGCCAGGUCUUGUAGCACACGCUGAGGAGAUCCGUCAACAAGAUGGCAUCAACCGCCUCUUACGCUCGAUGGAGGAUACGAAGAAGCUGAUGUACACGGACCAAGCCAUUUACCAAGAAGGUGUCGACAUACUCAGGUCGGAAGCCGCAGAGGACGAAGGCGCACGACGCAAGUUCGGCACAGAACGUUGGACCCGACCACCCGCAGAGCAAGCCGCGCCCAAGCUUUACGCCCAGAUCAACGAGAUUGAUGGCUACUUCAAGGCUGCCACUAACAGUGACAACAUUGUGAAGACCAAGUUGAAGGAAAACGAGCACUUCAUACGGCUACUGAGUGGACCGGAUCAUGAGCUCGAAAACUACGUACCAAGCGGCCGGAGACCUGCCAUUACAGGCGAUGUUGAACGCGAAGCCGGUAAGCUCCGUGGCAGCUUCAACGAAGUCAGCAGGCUCGAAAGCAGGCGAAGACGGAAGAUUGAGGCAUUGCGAACAAAGGCGAAGCAGGACGACAUAAAUCCGGAACUGUUGCGCGAAGCUGCUCGCUUAGAGCGGGAGUACCCUAUGCAGACGAUCGAGGCUGUGCAGUUCGAAGGGCUCUUCGAUAAGCGUCUCCAGAUGUACGAUGCUGAUCAAGACAUGAUCAAAGAAGAAGAAGAUGAGCAGGCAGAAGCUAUCAAACGACUGCAAGAUGCAAACGCGGCAUUCUUGAUUGCUCGUCGUGGCGACCAAUCAACGAAGAAGCGUGAGCAAGCGUUGCAGAACCUAGAGAACGCAUACUUCAAGUACAAGGAAAUCAUCUCAAAUCUCGACGUUGGACGAAAGUUCUACAAUGAUCUCGCCAAGAUUGUGAACCGGUUCCGGGAUGAAGCGCGGACUUUUGCUUACAAUCGCAAGUCCGAAGCAUCACAUCUGGAAAGCGAUCUCACCACUCGAAUGAGCUCCCUCAGUCUUCAACAAGCCACGACCAAUUCGUUGCAUCAGCAAAAACAGGCAGAUGCACAAAACCCAAAUUAUGGUGCGACUGCUCAUGCAGAAGAACCGUUGGCAGCCCCAACGCCCACCAGGGCAAAUGUACCUCCACCGUCCGGUAUGUGGACGCCAGAGGUUGGAAUCCGGUUUGGUGGUGUGCCUACUUCAUCUGGCAACGCUCGACCUUCGGCUGGUCCUCCGCAGGAUGGCCGAUGGGAUCCUGCGCAAGGCCUGAAGUUUGGUUAA